CAUCACCAUACUUCCACCGCCCAGACAUCCCCCAUCAAAAUGGUCAAAGUGCUCGAAAACCGCGUCGUCGAUCUCGACCUCCUCCCCGGCACCAAAGAGCAGCAAGAAGCCGCCCUCCGCGCAAAGGAAGCAGCCACCUCCUCCCUCCCCUCCUCAGAACCCCAAGACGCGACCGCGGGCGAGAACGCACAGAAUGCCGGUAUGGCCGUCGGCGGCGCGCUAGGUGGCGCAGUCAAAGGCCUCGUAGACACAACAGGCAACACCGUCGGGGCACUGGGCGAGGGCCUCGCCGGGACCGUUACUGGCGUUGGGAAGGGCCUGGGUAGCGCUGCGGUGUAUGGCGGUGGCGCGCUUGAUGGCGCGGGGAGGAGCAUUGGGCGGGGCUUGGGGUUUGGUGGGACGGCUGGGAAGCAGACGGAGGAAGUGAAGGAGCGGGUUGAGAAGGAGAAUGAGAUGGGGGGUAUGGAGCAGGGGGAGAUGGGAGAGAAAGGGAGGAGAAGGAGUGAGCUGGAUGAGGCUGUCAAGGCGGCGGAGGAUAUUGAGAAAACGAAGGGUAUACGGAUGGAAGGUGAGGACACAAAGUAAGAAGAUGUUGAAUUGGGUGUGGUUCUGAGUUCCUUCGCGCGUAAUCGAAGAGCGAUGAUGAUGAUUCCCGGAUGACUGACUGAGUCCGCGCUUCAGCUCUCUCGUCUCGUCUACUUCGGGCAGAUCUGAGAUUGCCCCAACUUUUCAACUAAAUUGGACCAUUCUCUCUGAGUUAUUCUCAAUAUCUUGGUACAAUAGGAUAUUUCUGUGACCGUCGCUCGACCUGGAAGUGUCGAGGCAUUACUAUUAGUAUACAGGGAGCAGUGAGCUUUUUCGAGGAACGAAAAAACUCACGAGAACCUCCUAC